AUCCGCGGUCCAAAGGUGGUGUGCACCAACAGUUCUGCAGGGACAGGCCGGCAGAAUUGCUGCGUCAUCCAGAGCGAGGUGGGACGCAAUUGCACGUAACACAAAAAUCGCUAUCCCUAGCGGAGGAAAGACCGGAGCACUUUCGACCUUACAACACACGACACGACGCCUCACUUAAAUGUCUUGUCAAACAGCCUCCCACCUCCCCACCAUCCUCGACAGCAAUUUUUCUUCCCGCGAUAAUGGCUGAUCAAUUCUUGGGAUUCGACCUCAGCACACAGCAAUUAAAAGGCAUUGUCAUCAAGUCCGACCUCAGACUUGUCCAUGAAGCCAAAGUAGAUUUUGAUGCCGACUUUCCCAAAUAUGGCAUUCACAAGGGAGUUCUCACCAAUCCUUCUGCUGGCGAGGUUUUUGCGCCCGUUGCUAUAUGGCUCGAAGCAAUUGACCUCGUCCUACAGCGCUUGAAGGAGCAGGGUGCCGACCUAUCAAAGAUCCGGGGAAUUUCGGGAGCCGGUAUGCAGCAUGGCACUGUUUUCUGGAGCCAUGAUGCAGAGACGUUGCUGGCUGGCCUGGACGGGCGCAAAUCGCUCGUGGAGCAAUUGAGCGGCGCUGCUAAUGGGGGGCAGAAAAGCGCUUUCAGUCACCCUAACAGUCCGAAUUGGCAGGAUGCGAGUACACAGAAUCAGUGUGAGAGAUUUGAUGCCGCGCUGGGAUCUCCAGAGAAGCUAGCGCAAUCCACUGGCAGCAAAGCACAUCAUCGCUUCAGCGGUCCCCAAAUCCUAAGGUUCCGUGAGAAAUUCCCCGAAGAUUACGAGGCGACUUCACGAAUCUCACUCGUUUCCUCCUUCUUUGCCUCCGUUUUCCUGGGCAAGGUAGCUCCGAUAGACAAAGGCGACGUGUGCGGCACAAACCUGUGGGAUAUCAACACCGGCCGCUGGCACGAUGACUUGCUCAAGUUGACAGCCGGAGGAUCAGACAUUGAUGGUUUGAGAACGAUGCUGGGCGACGUAUAUGAAGACGGCGGCAAGAGUUUUGGGUCUAUUUCCCCGUACUUUGUCAAGCGUUACGGCUUCUCGUCCUCAGCUCAAAUUGUCACCUUCACCGGCGACAAUCCUUCUACUAUUCUUGCCCUUCCUCUCCGCUCCUCCGACGCCAUCGUUUCUCUGGGAACAUCUACCACGUUCCUCAUGUCUACGACUCGUUACAUGCCCGACCCAGCGUAUCAUUUCAUGAACCAUCCGACCACCUCCGGUCUCUAUAUGUUUAUGCUGUGCUAUAAGAAUGGAGGUUUGGCGCGCGAACACAUACGCGAUGCUAUCAACUCGCUAACUCCAUCGGCGACCCCCAACUCCUGGGAUCUCUUCAACUCAACGGCGACAUCAACUCCCGUCCUUGGCCAAGAAAAUCCGAAGUCUGACCCACAACGCCUUGGACUCUUUUUCCCCCGCCCCGAAAUUGUACCCAAUGUCAAAGCUGGAACAUGGCGUUUCCUCUACAAAAAUGAUAGACUAUCUGCGGUCAACUCCGCAAACGACAAUAGUAGCGCCGAUUGGCCAAUUCCCAAAGCCGACGCCCGCGCUAUAUUGGAAAGUCAAUUUCUCAGUCUCCGUCUCCGUUCCCAAAAUCUUGUCGAGCCCCAGGGCGCUCUUCCACCGCAACCGCGUCGUAUCUAUAUGGUUGGUGGUGGUGCAGCAAAUAGCGCCAUUGCGGAGCUAGCAGGUCAGGUUUUGGGUGGCAGUGAAGGAGUGUACAAGCUCGACAUUGGCGGGAAUGCGUGUGCCCUUGGGGCUGCGUAUAAAGCGGCGUGGGGCGUGCAGCGAGAAAAUGAUGAGAAUUUCGAGGACUUUCUUGAGAAGAGGUGGAAUGAGGAGGGAUUUGUCAAGAAAAUCUGCGAGGGAUACAGGAAGGGCGUUUUCGAAAGGUACGGAGACGCACUCAAGGGCUUCGCAGAAAUGGAGCAUAAGGCCUUUGAAGAGAUGGGCGAGGGUAAAUUGAUGGAUCAGAAUGCUGGCGGGAAGGUGACGUGA